UCGGUGCCCGGCCACGGAGUGGGGCUUUCUCCAGUCUCCUCGAGGCCGGCGUCUGUUGUGUCGGAGCUGACGGCUGCGCCAUGAGCUGGGCGGCCGCCUUUCUGCUUUGCCUCGUCACUGGCCAGGCGCUGUCGGAGCCGGCGGGUCCGCUGUACGGCCUGAUACAGCGGCUGGUCCGCAACAACCUGGCAGGGGCGCCCGAGAACUUCCGCACGCAGCAGUGGGACUUCGACCCCGAGGUCUCCGACCGGCGCAGGACCGAGUUCGAGGCCCGCCACGGCAGGAUGGGCGAGCGGCUCGUGCAGCGGUUCGGCCUCGGCGAAGACGGCUUCCCAGAGCUCCGCCUGCAGCAGCAGCUGGCGAGGGACGCAGCGCUGGUCGCCCCCGCCGCCUCCACCGCCCCCGCGGCGCCACUUCAUGACAACUCGGUGUACGACUGACGUCAGAGGGCCGUGCAGCAGCUGUCCCCGGUGCCACUGCCUCAAUAUACUCCGCUGUCAGCAGCUUCCACCUCACCAGGCGGUCGUGGCACCAUGUAAAGCGGUGGUGCAAGUGAAACUGUGACGUUCCGUAACUCCUCAUCUUCUGCACGGGCUAAUUUUACAAAGGAAACCAUAUUUCCAACCAUAUGGCCAUGACGUGCUUCCCACUAUUUAAAAAAGUGUUAUAAAGUUCCGCAUUUCUCACUUCAUACCACAGCAUCGAAACUCGCCAUCACAUUGUCUUCUUACAACAUUUUAUAUCCUGAAACCUCUACCACGCAAUCCGCUGUCCCACCUUUCAAACCCGAACAUUGCGUCCACACCUUAAAAUCUGAACACACUCAUUCUUUGCACAUCCUUUUCUGUAGCAUCUUCACCGCCCUCCCACCUACCAACAGUAUCACCAGCCCAGAAUGAAUCUCUUAAAAUUUCUCACACUCCAUUAGGCCGUCAGGUACAGCAGCCGUAUGUAGAAUAUUUGAAUUAAAAACAGUCUUGCCCGCGAAAGGCAAAGGUCCCGAGUUCGAGUCCCGGUCGGGCACACAGUUUUAAUCUGCCAGGAAGUUUCAUAUCAGCGCACACUCCGCUGCAGAGUGAAAAUCUCAUUCUAAAAACAGUCUUGUUUGCAACUUAAUCUUUUAUCAACAACGUGUUUCGCCUUUGUGGGACAUCUUCAGAUUAUCAAUAAAAAUAACAAAAUAAGCAAAAAUUACGGUACUGUCCUAGCUUGCACGAUUCUAUAUGUGAAUAAGAAGUUGUCACUGACCUUAAAAUUUUCCUAUUGCAACAUUUUAACCUGUACGAGACUGAAGCACGUGUGGAACAAGAUGAACCCACAGAGACCAAGUCGAAAACAAUUAAAAUACUCAAAAUAUCCACGGGUGUGCU